CUCUUGGUUCGUUGCCUUCUUUUUCUUUUUUCUUUUUUUUUUUUUUUUUUAGCACAAAACCAUGUUAAUGAACAUUUAUAAUUUAAAUAUGCAUGGGAAUGUAGCCAGGUGGCUAAUUUGCAUCUCUUGUCCCAUUGGCAGGUGUCCAAGGAAAGAAAGAGAGAGAGAGAGAACAACAACAAUAAUAAAAAUAAAAACUCAACUGGGGACCACAUCAUAUAAAUGGUGAAUUCUACUGCAACAAUGCAUCUACGGUGAUGGAUUGCUAGUGCAGGAAAUUCAUUUCUGGAGGUCUAUAAAAUAGCAACUAGCUUUUAUUGCAAAAAUAAAAGCUAAAGUGCAAAAUGCUAUUGCUAACUGGCCGCAAUAUAGUACUUGAUUGGACCAUAGUAAAAACGAUGGAUUGCAUUUCAUUCCUAAAACAUGGCAAAACAGGAGUCACAUUUUAUAGAGGCCUGCACAACAAUAGUCACACAACAGAUAACACAAAUACAGCUUUUACAGAGAGAGAAGUUUGGGAUGCGUCUUUAUAGGGAAGCGUGGGAAAUGGAGCGAUGUGGGGCGUGGUGUUGUUCCUGAACCUGAGGUUAUAAUAACUCAAUGUUAUUUGUGGAUAUUAUUUAUUAAUGGAAAUCACCUCACAAAGUCAACAUAGUGCAUCUUUUUCAACUGCAUUCUUGUCCCUGUGCCAGAACGAGGGCAGCCCGACCGGCCUGUCUGGAAGAAGCCUGGUGGUGGUUAAACAGGAUUUCUUCACAGACUAAUCUCUCAGCAUGUUGUCCGUCCACACAGAUCACUGGAUGUUUGUGUCUCCUCCUUUGGCAACAUCAUCACAGAAAACAACCACGCUCCAAUGUCUGGGUUAUGUCACAGACAGAAAGCACAUUCCUGUAAGUAGUUUUAUCUGUGAAACCUUUCACCAGUGGCUGGUGCAAAAGAGCUGGUGCCCUGAUCAUCUAAAUUAAAAUGAGAGUUUGUUAUAAAAAAGGUGAUUAAGUUUCUUACAAAGUUGUUUUAUCUAUUUUAUGGAAGCAACUGCAACAAAACUUGUUCCGUGAAUUACUUAGUAUUUAAAAUUCCAAGAAGAGUCGAGUUGUCCACAUUCUUAGCUGCAUUAGUUAUAAACUGAUGUAUCCCGUCAACCUUUCUCCAGCUCAGGUGUUCAGACCGGAGCCACAGCAGAUGGCGCCACCAGACCAAGAAGCGCAGAGAGGGAGCGAGAGAAUAGGGAGUCCACUCUUAACGCACCUUAUCAUCCAUCCGCACCUCAUCUUCUGCUAUGCACCUGCACACUCUCCUCGCAGCCCUCCUCCUCUUCUUCCUCCUCCCCCCUUCGUCGCCCUCCGGACGGCGGUAGAGCGCACGGAGCGGUGGAGUGCGCAAAAGCGGCCGGCAUGCACCUGGAGAGAACCCGCCCCGCCAAGCCGGCAACGGGCUCAGUCGGAGACGCAUCGGCAGGAGGGAGCGAUGCUCUAACAGCGGGGAUAUAGCAGCACAGCGCCGGGUGGGUUUCGGAGCUGCAGCAUGGGCGUGGGACAGGAGUGCAAUCAAAACGAAAGAGAUGUAAUUCCACGGACGUAAUCAGGCCUCAGCCAGAGUUGGGGUAGAAGGAUGGAAAAGGGCGCACAGCAGCAGCCGCCCAAAAGCGCAGAUAGUCCGGCCGAGGACAUCUCCAAAAUCACCGACCAGGAGCUUCUAAAGUGGGGUAAAGACGAGCUGGUGCGGCGGCUCCGGAGGUCUGAGGCGGAGAAGAGGGGCGUCAUCGUGGAGCACGGCAAUCUGAUGCGGGAGGUUAACCGGCGGCUCCAGCAGCACCUGAACGAGAUCCGGAGUUUGAAGGACGUGAACCAGAAACUACAGGAGGACAACCAGGAGCUGCGGGACCUGUGCUGCUUCCUGGACGACGACCGACAGAAGGGGAAGCGGGUGUCGCGUGAGUGGCAGCGCCUCGGCCGCUACAGCGCCAGCCUCAUGAGGAAGGAGGUGGCCAUCUACCUGCAGAAGCUGAAGGAGCUGGAGCAGCGGCAGGUGGAGGUCAUCCGGGAGAACCUGGAGCUCAAGGAGGUGUGCCUCAUGCUGGAGGAAGAGAGGUCUGCAGCCGUGGCUGCAGGAGGUGGUGGUGGUGGUGGGCAGGGAGGUCCCGGCUGCAGGAGCUCCAUAGACAGUCAGAGCAGUCUGUCUCAGCUGGGUGGUGGCGUGCCGGCGCCCGGCCUCCUGCGGGACGUUGGAGAUGGGAGCAGCACCUCCAGCACAGGGAGCACGGAUAGCCCCGAUAACCCCCACCACAAACCCCCUCCCCUGGGCUCCAGUUCUAGCCCCAGUUCUGGAUCUAGAUGCGCCUCCUCUGAGCAAACGAGAGACACGUGCGAAUCCUCCGGCAGGAGGCACAGCUCCACGCCAGAAUACCACACCUUCCCCCAGUCGUGUCGCCCCCGCGGAGGCUCCCUCACCAACCUGGAACCACGUGGCCUUCGAGGACACAGCCCGGACAAACACAGUCACAAGUCUCCCGCAAGGGUACCAUGUGACUCCCACCCCAAACCCUGCAGCUCUGACCUACUGGUGCAGAAACAGCUAUUGAUGUCGGGACAGGCGCCUAUAGGAUGUGGGAAGGGCUCAGCUAAGUCCAGUCCAGAGCUGAGUAAAAGACACUGGCAGACGAACACAGCUGGGGUCAGCAGUGGGAGUCUCGAGGUCAAGCAGGCAGCGAUGGGGACACCUGAGCACCUGAGGAAAGGGCGGGUGAUCGUUGGGAGUCCGGAGUCCAUACGGCACCACCAUCACUACCAGCACAGCCCCGGGCAUGAGCAUGGCAAAGGGAGGUACAACACUGGUUCUCCAGGCAGGGAUGGAGGUCAAAGGAGGGCAGUGGGAGAGGAGAUGGCCCCCCACCACCAGACUCUGUACAACGCUCUGAUAUCUGCCGGCUGCUGCACCAACUCCUGUAGGAGUGUAAAGCUUUGGGACAGCUUCGACGCCUCCUGACCACGACAUGCCUCUUGAUCAGACGCUGCUUUGACAACACCCCCCCCCCCUCCCCCAGAGAGACAAAGACGGACGGAGAGAGGACUGAUGUAUAACUGGAUGGAUGAAUUAAUGAAUAUUCCGGGAAAUCAAAUAGAAGAGCAGCGAAAGGCAAGAGAGCGGACGUGUGAACCAAGGCGAUAAAAGUGUCAAUGAACUGGAAACAGACUUCUUGAUCUCCUUCUCGGCCCUGUCUGCUGCUGCUGCUGCUGCUGCUGCUGCUGCUGCUGCUGCUGCUGCUAUGCAUCUCCUACGGACCACCAGGAAAGACUGAGCGUCAUGGUUUGGGCAGGCGGAGGCUCGUCUCUGCAGUGCCAAAGGGAAGAGAAACUAAUUAAGACGGAUGAGAAUCUUUGUGUUGCCAACAAUAUAGUCCUACCUCUUUGGAAAGACAGAGGCCAGAGCAACUUCUCCUGCUGACAGUGGAGUUUAAAGACCCGUCUCUUCACACUCGUCACACCAGUGAUCAUUUAACACGAAACUCUUUCAAAACCCAACUUUGCAUUGACAGUAACUACCUUCCUCAAGUCAUUGUGGAGCCGCCGUUAAAGCACAAAAUGAGCGACUAAGUGACGACUAGCAUAGUUUUGGCCAUCAUUCUUAGCAAUUGGGACUUUGUCACUCAUCAAAGCUGAGAUCUGAGAUUCACACGAAUACUGGAACAAGCGACAAAGUCCAAAGAGGCAGAGAGAAAAUGUGAGCUGCUGCAAAUGAUCAGAGAGGCGGUAAACAAGCCAGUUCAGCCACACUGUUUUGUAGUGUUAAUUACGACGGUCAUUUUUGGAUUCCAGUCUGCAGGUUAAAAACAGGCUGUAUCACCGCUGCUCUUUUUGGCACAUACAGGCACAACUCUGCAUAUCCACUUCCAAAGCUGGACAUCAGCCUGCUGCGCUGCUCCUUUAUCAUUUAUAAAGCUGGAGCGGACAUAACGGAGAUGAAAGAGGCAGCGUCCACAAGAGGGAUUCAUUCCAGCAACUGCACUUUUAGUUUGCUAAAUGCUCACCCAUGAUACCCUGGAGUGUAUAGGGGAGUCAACAUGGAAGACUCUUUAAAUAUCUGUCGGUAAAGAGUCACAAAGCAAUAACUAGUAAAGUACUUAGAUGACUAAUUAGGCAUUUAAUGAGGGUGAUGCUCCUUAAAAUGCCGUAUUCUUCCACCUCAUUCGGAGCCACAGGGCUUGUGGCAGCCGGCUAGUUUUGGUCGGCUCCUGUCGUCCAAUCACAUGACAGCUGUAAAAGCUAAGCUAAUUAUUACAGCACAUCCACUGAGGACUCACAGCAGCGAUGUGUAAUUUUCACCUAAAUUGCAGCACGUAGAUUAAUCUUAGGAGCUUGGAGUUCUGUUUUCUCCAGACUAUAUUGACACAUACAUUAGAAGAAGUUUUUUCUUCGAGUCAUGCUGCUCUUUUUCCACAAAACAUGUCCACGUUUGACUGCUCAGUAUGAGGAGGAAAAGGCUUCAGUGAUGAAGACUCUCAGUGAUGAAAAAGCACUUUCUCAAAUCCUAGAAAUCAAUUUGAUUAGUGCUUGAUUACAACUUGAUUAACUGAUUUAAAAAACAAAAAAA